GGCGUACAGUACUCUCAUCAGAUACCGUCGCAUUUGAAAGCGGAAUAAAACGCUCUCCCGGCGGUUUGAACUCGUCAGGAGGAGCCGAGCGGGGCUGGGACUCCGCCAGUGACACGCGGAAACGGUUUCCCCAUGGUCUGCUGGAGCCGGGCGCCCGUGUUGGUGUCGGUGUGACGGGGGCUGAGGUAUCCGACUAUGGCCACCGAGAACAGGAUCAAUUUUUGGAGGAGAAACACUAAGGUUCCCGGAAGUGUUCAGCCAGUUUAUGGAGCACAGCAUCCGCCUCUCGACCCGCGGUUACGCCGCACGUAUCCCAAAGAAACAAAGACCAAGUUCAACAAUCUCAAAACUAAGAAGGCGUCCAGCUUCCACGAGUUUGCCCGCAGCACCAACGAUGCCUGGGACAUCGACGACGAGGAGGAUGAGGAUUUCCUGGCGCCGGCGUCCUCUCUGCCCUCAGGCCUGCCCUCGGCGUCGUCACAUACCCAGCAGAGCGAGGCAGAUCACCCAGAGUCCAGGGUCUCACACCGCCAGGCCCCUCCCAGGAAGGACGCUCAGACCCUGCAGGAGGAAGAGGAGGAGGACGAGGAGGAGUUCGAGCACUUUAAUGGGAAGGUGGUCAAGUCUAGCAGCGACGCCCACCUCAGCACAUCCACAGUUCGCUCCACGCUGCAUAAGCAGCAGUCACUCCCGGUCCGUCCCAUCAUUCCUCUGGUUGCUAGGAUCUCUGACCAGAACGCGUCUGGAGCUCCGCCCAUGACGGUGCGAGAGAAGAGCCGGCUGGACAAAUUCAAGCAUCUGCUGUCGAGUCUGAACACGGACCUGGACGAGCUCAGGAAGCACAGCUGGUCAGGGAUACCCCGGGAGGUCCGACCAAUCACAUGGAGGCUCCUGUCUGGUUACCUGCCCGCCAACAAAGAGCGUCGAGAGCAGGUGCUGCAGAGGAAGAGAGAGGAAUACUUCGGCUUUAUAGAGCAGUAUUAUCACUCCAGAACAGACGAGCACUAUAAAGACACCUACAGACAGAUCCACAUCGAUAUCCCGAGAACCAAUCCUCUGAUCCCGCUCUUCCAGCAGCCCGCUGUUCAGGAGGUGUUUGAGAGGAUCCUGUUUAUCUGGGCCAUCCGUCAUCCUGCCAGCGGAUACGUUCAGGGCAUCAACGACCUGGUCACUCCUUUCUUUGUGGUCUUCCUGUCUGAGUUUGUCACCGAGGAUGUGGAGAACUUUGAGAUGGCCGCUCUACCUCUGGCUACGCAGAGAAACAUCGAGGCCGACAGCUUCUGGUGCAUGAGCAAACUGCUGGACGGAAUACAGGAUAACUACACGUUCGCUCAGCCAGGCAUCCAGAACAAAGUGAAGGCUUUAGAGGAGCUGGUCAGCAGGAUCGACGAGGACAUUCACAAUCAUUUCAAGAGGUACGAGGUGGAGUAUCUGCAGUUUGCUUUUCGCUGGAUGAACAACCUGCUGAUGAGGGAGCUUCCUCUCAGGUGUACCAUCCGCCUGUGGGACACCUACCAGGCUGAAGCUGAAGGUUUCUCUCACUUCCAUCUCUACGUGUGUGCAGCUUUCCUCAUUGAGUGGCGAAAAGAAAUCCUGUCCAUGGUCGACUUUCAGGGUCUCCUGAUGCUUCUGCAGAACCUUCCCACAAUCCACUGGGGUAACGAGGAGGUGGGGCUGCUGCUGGCUGAGGCGUACAGACUGAAGUACAUGUUUGCAGACGCUCCAAGCCACUACAAGAGAUAAAAACGAGCACAAAUACACUUUAACAUUUCAGAGCUGGGACCUGAUGAACUCUCUGCAGCUUCAGGACCAUCUCUUGUCUGGUCUCUGUGGAACAAACUAAAGGAGUCAGUGAACGCCUCACUGGUGAUGUGUUCAGGGUGCACAUGGAGCUCGGAGACGGACUGUCACAGUAUGAAAAACCACAGCUGGAUUCUUUUCCUGUUUUGGCUCAUAGACAUUCAUGAUUGUACGCACAGAAGAACACGGACACAUGAAGGGAUGCUGAAUGUCUGUGAAAUCAUCCUUUAAUUCUGAGCUUUUAUUUUUACACAGAUGUUUUAUGAGGGAACGUUGAGCUUUUAUUUCACUCAUCUAGUCUGACACUGGAAAGGUAGACACACAGAUUCUUAGUUUAGGGUCAUCAGUCUGCUCCGUACAAUCAGCAUAGUCCAGUCCUUCAGUAGGAGGAAACUAGACCCUCCAAUCGUAUUUAUUAUGGUUCAGCCCAGGUUCUAAAAAUGCUGGGACGCUGUGUGAAAGCUGAAAAUUCAAAAUAAGGGCGCAUUAACAUAAAAAUAAAGUUUUGUUAGUGUGAA